AUGGACCCUCCUAGUCACCUUCCCGGGGGCAACCUCAAGCUUGAAAGCCCCUUCAAAGUCAUGGGGGCAGGGGGCGAGCUGGGCAUGGAGGCCACACCUGUCCUGUCCUGUUCCCUGGAGUCUUCCUCUGAGGCUGGCAGGAGCAUGGACAUGAGAAGUCUCAGUGUUGACCCUACUUUCCAGGUUAUCAACCUUCUGUGGAGUGAUCCCAGGGGCAGAAAGGGUUGUUACCCAAACACCAGCAGAGGAGGAGGCUGCUAUUUUGGGCCAGAUGUUACCAACAAGAUCCUUAACAAACACCACCUGAAGUUUCUCAUUCGGUCUCAUGAAUGUAAGCCUGAUGGAUAUGAAAUCUGCCAUGAUGGAAAGGUCAUUACUGUGUUCUCUGCUUCUAAUUACUACGAAGAAGGCAGCAAUCGAGGAGCUUAUAUCAGACUGAGUUCUGGUAUGGCCCCUCGGUUUUUUCAGUAUCAAGUGACUAAAUCAACAUGUGCAACACCUCUUUACCAAAGGGUAAAUAUUAUUGAAAGUAGUGCCAUCAGGAUAUUAAAAGAGAGAGUAAUUUCACGGAAAACUGACCUUGUUCGUGCAUUCCAUCUCCAAGACCGUAAUAAAUCAGGUAAACUUUCUAUGAGCCAGUGGGCUUUUUCCAUGGAGAACAUUUUGGGUUUAAAUUUGCCAUGGAGAAUCCUGAGUAUGCAUCUGGUGAAAACUGACCGCAAUGGUGAUGUCGAAUACAUGUCCACCUUCCAGGAUAUUCACAUUCCGAAACCCAUAAAGGAGGUUAAAUCUACCUUGAUUGAAACUCUGUAUAGAUAUCGAUCUGACCUACAAAUCAUCUUUAACGUCAUUGACUCUGAUGAGUCAGGCAUGAUCUCCAUGGAUGAAUUUCAUGCCAUGUGGAAACUUUUUGGUAAUCAUUACAGAGUCCAUAUUGAUGACUUUCAAAUUGAUGGUCUCGCCGAGAGAAUGGACUUAAACAAAGAUGGGUGCAUCGACUUCAAUGAGUUUUUAAAGGCAUUCUAUGUGGUGCAUAAAUUUGACAAGGCAAUGUCGGAUACCAGGCUUAAUUGAUAAGAAUUAGGACUUUUCUUACUUAUUAGCUGCUGCACCCAGAUGAUGCACACCAUCUUCUAGGACUCUUGGAACUCAUAGUCAACGAGUCAAUGAUAGAGAAAAGCAGACCACAACCACACUAUAGGAAGAUGCACAGUGUGGCCAUUAAGCAUUCCUACUAAGUUGUUACUGGAAGGACUAGGUUAAAUGUCAACUAUAAAAUUCAACUCCAAUAUUAGAAUACCUGCCUACCAAUUAGCAGGUAGAAGAAAUUGGGCUUAAAUGUAGUGUUAAACUCUUGAAUUCAACCUAACCAGAGACAAGAACAUCUUGGAAACAUCAAAAGAAACCUAUAGAACACCAAGGAAUAAAUGUAGCAUCUUUAAGAGGCUGAGGGGUGGGAGAUGAAAAUCCCAUUAAUGGAAUAAAAUCUUCCCAUCUUUAAA